UGAUUGCUAAAUUCGGAGUGUUUUGUCAAUAUUAGCGGGACUACUUCAGGGGAAGUUUAUAAUUGGACACGUGUUUUCCCCGCUUUUUGUCGUUUGGAGAUCAACUGAUUUCUUUGUAAUUCGUUUUUAAAGCAAUGAACGAUGCACAAGGAGGGGUAAAGUGUUCUUAAGAGCUCCCUUUCAGUCUUUAGAAUUGGCCGGAGCAACCCGCCGAGUAACGUGGAUGCCCUGGAAGUAUUUAAUCCAGGAGAUGUGCCCAUGGGGCUGUCACACAGCACAGAGUCAGCCACAUGCAGGUAGGCCGUUACCAGUUCAUGAACGAAAAGCCCCGCAACCUUCAGAGAGUGGAAAAGAAACUAAACAAUUUCAUUUUUCCAUUUAAAUAUGGAGGACAUGGUUUUUGACUUUGACCAGGAUGCCACUACGGAUUUUGCCCUUUGGGGACAAAUGGACCAAAACUUCCAGUUUCAGAGCCAGCUGGACAGCUUCCUGCUGGAUUACAGCACAGCCAGCGGCCAGCUCUCGCCCUGGUCCUCAUUCGGGAGUCAGUUCCCGGACGCACAGCUGACCCUUACCGACCUCGACGUGCAGUCUCCAGGGGGGGAUGUCUGCGCUGAAGGGGAGAGCUCGUCCAUGGACGACCCCCUGGAGGUGGCCCAGCUCAGGGCACGGCGGCUGGUGCCAAAUCAGCCCUACAAGGUGCAGCGACAUGCCGCCAACAUCCGGGAGAGGAAGAGGAUGCUGAGCAUCAAUUCCGCCUUCGAGGAGCUGCGCUGCCAUGUGCCGACGUUUCCCUACGAGAAGCGGCUGUCCAAGAUAGACACUCUGAGGCUGGCCAUAGCCUACAUCGACCUGCUGAGAGAGAUCCUUAUGUCGGGCUGCGACCCCAAAUCCUAUGUAGACGAGUGCAUGAAGAAUGGCUACAAGAAUCAGACCAACGCCAUCUGGAACACAAGCGAUCUGACAGCCCGCCUCUCUUGGAUAAAGUGGGAUUAGCUGAGGAACAUGGGGCACCCUGGAGAUGGCAGCAGGGCGGAGGUUCAGGGUUGUUCCUCCCUCUCCUCAGUCUCUCUCUACAUGUCAAAGACAGGCGGCUUGCAUGACAGAGCCGACCGAUCGACAUCUGCAGACUUCUCAUCGGGUCACACACCUCAGGCUUUCUCAACUUCACCCACUCCUUCGUCCUCUGGGGCUUUUAAUAUUCUAAUUUAUUGUCGACUGGUAAUUGAGAGACAUUGUUUCUGGGGUUGGGGAGGGAAAGAGGGUUGGCAUUGUUUGCCUAAAUGGAUGGCACUUGUCAGAGAGAGAGAGGGGCACACUGGCAUGAGACUGAAUGGCCUUGCUAAGGGCUCAUACUUCUGCAUGUAGCGCUGAAGUGUUUUCUGGACUCUUGCUCAUUAGUCGGCAAGUUGAUGUGUUAAAAAAGAGCCUUGAUCAUGUAAAUGAGACAAUGGGCGUGAGAAGCAGAUUAGCCUAAUAUGUUUUAGCAUGUCAGGUGCUGUUUGCAGUACGGCUUGUUUCAUGUGCAACCUCUAUCAUCUUUUGUAUUAUUUAUGUAUUUAUUUAUUUUUAGUUAUGGCCUAUUUAUGACAAUAUUCUUUUUGGUGACAUGUAUUUCAACAAACUGUGAUUAUUUAUUGUUCUGUAACGCAAAUAUCACCAAUGUGUUUUUUGUGAUUUGUUUGACGCUGCUGAUGUGAAAAUGUAAUGGAUCGCCACGGUAAAGUUAAUUUCUGUGACAGUGUUAUGUAUUUGUUACCAAUGAUCUCUACUCAGGAUCAUAAAAAAUAUCCUAUCCCUAAAUAUUUAGUGGUAUAACUUUUUUUGU